AUUUAAUUUAAAUCCAGGAUAUUAAGAUGACAACAGAACACAUCUUAUCUUCACAUAUUAUGAAAUACGUUGUCCAUCAUUUUCUUAGCAUUUAAAAAAAAAAAAAAAACUUAUUAGUUGUCCUUUAAUCAUCUUCGAUGUCACUAACCCUCAAAUACAAGCUGAAUAGUCUAAAUAAUUGGCGGUUUGGACGGCAUCCAAUGGUGACCUGCCACGUAAAGUGGGUCCAGCAACUUCAUUACCUCUUUGCUAUAUAAACUCGAUCGAGCAUAAACCACAAGCCACACAAUAACACAGAAAGAGCUAAUAAUCAUCAACCAAAAGAAAAUAAAGUCUUAGCUAUUUAAGUGCCAAAAUGGUGAAGAUUGCCAUUGGAAGUUUGGGUGAUUCCUUUAGCGUCGCUUCUCUUAAGGCUUACUUGUCUGAGUUUAUCGCAACACUUAUCUUCGUUUUUGCUGGCGUUGGCUCUGCUAUCGCUUUUGGCAAACUAACAUCCGAUGCAGCCUUGGACCCGGCUGGUCUUGUUGCUGUGGCGGUGGCUCACGCCUUUGCCCUUUUUGUUGGUGUGUCCAUAGCCGCUAACAUCUCCGGUGGACACCUUAACCCCGCCGUGACACUCGGCCUCGCCGUCGGCGGCAACAUCACAGUCAUCACCGGUUUCUUCUACUGGAUUGCUCAGUGCCUUGGCUCCAUCGUUGCCUGUCUCCUCCUCGUCUUUGUUACCAAUGGCAAGAGCGUACCGACACAUGGAGUAGCAGCCGGUUUAGGAGCGGUGGAAGGAGUAGUGAUGGAGAUUGUGGUGACUUUUGCUCUGGUCUACACGGUUUACGCCACGGCGGCGGACCCGAAGAAGGGGUCUCUUGGGACCAUCGCUCCCAUUGCCAUCGGUUUCAUCGUUGGUGCCAACAUCCUUGCGGCCGGUCCAUUUAGCGGCGGCUCUAUGAAUCCGGCUAGGUCAUUUGGACCAGCUGUUGUCAGCGGUGACUUCUCUCAGAUAUGGAUCUACUGGGUGGGCCCACUCGUCGGUGGUGCACUCGCUGGACUCAUCUACGGAGACGUUUUCAUUGGAUCUUACGGUUCGGCUCCGACCACAGAGAGCUACCCUUGAUCAGUCCUCUAUGGUUUUAAUUUGUUUGGCUUCUCAAUUAGCCUCGAUAUUUGCCUUUUUUUGUUUGUUGUGUGUGUAAUGUUUGGUCCAGGUUUUUCCAAAUAUGAAUUUGAUUGAACGUGGAGAAAAACGAUCAACUAUGUAUUUUGUUGGUUAAUAUAAUAAGAAUUGUAUAUUUUCAGAUUUUUACUUUUUAUGCUCUCUUUUUUGGUAUGUAGAUUUUUACUUUUUAUGUAAUUACCGAUCAGAAGCUAUUUGAGUUACUUUCUUGAAAAUGUUUAA